CAAGGUACCAGGUACCUUAACCUACAUCUGCUGGAUAAUGGCUGAACACCUCUACGUCAGGAUCCAUACCAGAAAGCGGUUAUUCUCCCCAACACAUCAUAGGCGGAUACAAAUAGGUCUCUGGCCCUGAAUAUACGGAGUAGGUAUCGGGUGGCACACAGUACGAUUUUAGCACUAGGAAAGACUACUGUCACUAUCACUGUCACUUUCGCUGUCGCUAUUAUCGAUAUUCGAUCUUCAUACUAUACAACUACAAAUCAAAGCGGUUUAAAGAUGGGUAUCCGAGUUGCCAAGAGAAAGUUUGUGCCAAGCACAAUACCAUCUGAGGAGUAUGAUGAGAACACUGGGGCUUGUACAAUUGAAUACUUCGUGACUUCGAAAGAUCGGUAUCGAGCAGCACCUGGCAACGAAAUUCCGCUCCCGUGGCCACUCGACACUACUGAAAGCUCAGAAGAGGCACGGCAAAUUGUCGCCUCCUUAGAAAGUGUAUACAGGAAAGUUCUUACAGAUAGCGGAAUCAACUUGCAUCAAGUAAGAGUACAAGGUCUCUCCCCAAGAACCGACUUCCGACCGCGAGAUACCAUGAUAAUCGAAACCCACGACGAGAAUUCUGAAGGUUGGAAGGCAGCAGCUACAGAGAUACAAGAACUCCUAGAUAACGCAAUACGCAAACGAAAGUUACAAGACGCCGGACUCAAAAUCAGAGUAGAGAUUUGGAACGAAGUUAAAAUGCACAGAGACACUUCCUCUAUUAUCAAACCGAAUACCACUAUUCAUAAAGCCCUUGAGUCAAUCCAGGAAAUAGUAUACAAGGGAGUCAAGGAAAAUUGUUCUGGCAUGUGGACGAGUAUCUCCUAUCAUAUGCGUGGGCCACACUGGCAGGAGGAGAAUCGAACUCCUACAAUUGUGGUCAGCAUUGCUCCCGGCAGCAGGGGACUUUGGGCCACUGUUGAAGAAAAUAUCCGAAGCGCGGUGGAAGAUGCGGACUCUUCGAAGUCUUUUGAUAUUGACCUCGCAAUUGAACUCCUCCCUGGUGCCGUCCUUGAUCUUUGAUAAAAUGAGGCUACCUGGCCCCAUUAUAUACCGAAAAUUUCCGGAGAUGCCUCUGAACGGCUCGUCUAUUGGUGCGCGAGGAACCAAGGAAGCCGGAAUUUUCUUGGAGCAUGGUGUAUUCCCAACCCUGGGGUAAGACUGAGAAGCAGAAGCGUUU